GGGCGGCGGCGGCUCAUGGCGGCGACCGAGCUGAGAGGAGUAGUGGGGCCGGGCCCGGCCGCCAUCGCAGCUCCGGGCGGCGGCGGCGGCGCGGGUCCACCCGCGGUGGGAGGCGGCGGCGGACGCGGGGACGCGGGGCCCGGCUCCGGGGUGGCGUCCACGACCGCAGCGGCGGCGGGCGGCCCGGGCCCCGGGGCCGGGGGAGUGGCGGCGGGCGGCCCGGGCUCUGCACCGCCAGCCGCGGGCUCGGGCGGUUCGGGCGCCGGGGGCUCGGGCUCUGCUAGAGAGGGCUGGCUCUUCAAAUGGACCAAUUACAUCAAAGGCUACCAGCGGCGAUGGUUCGUGCUGAGCAACGGGCUACUGAGCUACUACAGGUCCAAGGCAGAAAUGAGACACACCUGCCGUGGUACCAUCAACCUCGCCACAGCCAACAUCACUGUGGAGGACUCUUGCAACUUUAUCAUUUCCAAUGGUGGUGCUCAGACCUACCACUUGAAGGCCAGCUCGGAAGUAGAGAGGCAGCGCUGGGUGACAGCCCUGGAGCUGGCCAAGGCCAAGGCUGUGAAGAUGCUGGCAGAGUCAGAUGAAUCGGGAGAUGAAGAGUCUGUCUCACAAACGGACAAGACUGAGCUUCAGAACACCCUCCGAACACUCUCCAGCAAGGUGGAGGACCUGAGCACGUGCAAUGACUUGAUAGCUAAGCAUGGCACUGCCCUGCAGCGUUCCCUCAGUGAGCUGGAGUCCCUGAAGCUGCCUGCUGAGAGCAACGAGAAAAUCAAACAAGUCAACGAACGAGCCACGCUCUUUAGGAUAACAUCCAAUGCCAUGAUCAAUGCCUGCAGAGAUUUCCUCAUGUUAGCCCAGACUCAUAGUAAAAAGUGGCAGAAGUCACUACAGUAUGAAAGAGACCAGCGUAUCCGACUGGAAGAGACUCUUGAGCAGCUGGCAAAGCAGCACAAUCACCUGGAGAGAGCCUUCCGGGGAGCCACGGUGCUGCCAGCAAACACUCCAGGCAGUGCUGGUUCUGGUAAAGAUCAGUGCUGUUCUGGCAAAGGGGACAUGAGUGAUGAAGAUGACGAGAAUGAAUUUUUUGAUGCACCAGAGAUUAUCACCAUGCCUGAAAAUUUGGGCCACAAACGUACUGGUAGCAAUAUCAGUGGAGCCAGCAGUGACAUCAGCCUUGAUGAACAGUACAAGCAUCAGCUGGAGGAGACCAAGAAGGAAAAGAGAACCAGAAUACCAUAUAAGCCAAACUACAGCCUCAACUUGUGGAGCAUCAUGAAGAACUGCAUUGGAAAAGAGCUCUCUAAGAUCCCAAUGCCGGUAAACUUUAAUGAGCCCUUGUCCAUGCUUCAGCGCCUUACUGAAGAUCUGGAAUACCAUGAGCUAUUAGACAGAGCUGCAAAAUGUGAGAACUCUCUAGAACAGCUCUGCUAUGUUGCAGCCUUCACUGUUUCCUCCUAUUCCACUACUGUCUUCCGAACCAGCAAGCCAUUCAACCCUCUCCUUGGGGAGACCUUCGAACUGGACCGACUGGAGGAGAAUGGGUAUCGAUCUCUCUGUGAGCAGGUGAGUCAUCAUCCCCCUGCUGCUGCGCACCAUGCUGAAUCCAAAAAUGGCUGGACAUUGCGUCAGGAAAUCAAAAUCACCAGCAAGUUUCGAGGCAAAUACCUCUCCAUUAUGCCCCUCGGUACCAUCCAUUGCAUUUUCCAUGCAACUGGGCACCAUUACACUUGGAAAAAAGUGACCACAACAGUACACAACAUUAUUGUGGGCAAGUUGUGGAUAGAUCAGUCUGGUGAGAUUGACAUCAUAAAUCACAAGACAGGAGACAAGUGUAAUCUUAAAUUUGUUCCUUAUAGCUACUUCUCUCGGGAUAUAGCAAGAAAGGUGACAGGGGAAGUGACAGACCCAUCAGGAAAAGUUCACUUUGCCCUCCUGGGGACAUGGGAUGAGAAAAUGGAUUGUUUCAAAGUUCAACCAGCCUCUGGGGAAAAUGGGGGUGAUGCUCGGCAGAGAGGCCAUGAAGCAGAAGAAAGUAGGGUCAUGCUGUGGAAGAGGAAUCCUUUACCGAAGAAUGCAGAAAACAUGUACUACUUCUCAGAGCUCGCCCUCACUCUCAAUGCCUGGGAAGGUGGCACUGCACCCACAGACAGCCGGCUUCGGCCUGACCAGAGACUGAUGGAAAAUGGGCGCUGGGAUGAAGCAAAUGCUGAGAAGCAGCGCCUAGAGGAGAAACAGAGACUUUCCAGGAAAAAGAGAGAAGCAGAAGCUAUGAAAGCCACGGAAGAUGGCACACCAUAUGACCCCUAUAAGGCACUGUGGUUUGAGCGGAAGAAGGACCCUGUCACCAAGGAGCUAACCCAUGUUUAUAGGGGUGAAUAUUGGGAAUGUAAGGAAAAGCAGGACUGGGGCUCUUGCCCAGACAUUUUCUGAAGUGGUUGUAACUCAAAGGAAGAGGGUUGAUCGGAGAAGACGGCAGAGGAUGUGCGAGAAGGCUGGCAGUUGGGACUCUUACCAAGUGCUUUCCUCAAAUUUGUCUGUCUUAACCAAUCACUUUUUCCAAAUCAAUCACCAGAAGCAGA